ACCACGGCCACACACGCACCCGCGCCCGCCGCUCCCCAGAAACAAGCACGGCCGCAGCACAGCCAGCGUUCACUGACCACUGUGCUGCUCAGCUGCCGCCCAGGCACUCUGCUCCCGAGGAACGCGCCAGGCGCCGGCGCCGCCAUGGAAGCCGCGGCGGCGGCCGUGGCGUGCCGAGGAGGCGUGGUGCUCGCGCGGGCACGUCCCGGCCACCGGGCCCGGCGCCACGGCGUAGGCGCGGGACCCGCCACCCGACGGAGGUUCCUCGUUGUGGCGUCGCCCGGAGAAACCCCCUCCGCGCCCUCGCGCAGCGCCGUGGCGAUCGCGCAGGAGAUCGCGCAGGCUGGCGACGAGGACGUCGCCUCCGUCAGAGUUGUGCUGAUGAUGGCCUUCGGCCCAGCCUCGCCCGCAGUCCCGCCGCCCACCGACGGUCAUGCGAGCACGGUGCGCGUCACGUUCGUGCUGGAGAAGAAGUGCGCGUUCGGGCAGCGGUUCCUGGUCGUCGGCGACGACCCGGCGCUCGGCCUCUGGGACCCGGCCAAGGCGACGGCCCUGGACUGGUCGGAAGGCCACGUCUGGACGGCGAGGGCGGAUCUGCCAGCGAACAGGCUGGUCGAGUUCAAGUUCUUGCUGCAGGACCCCUCCGGCCACGUCCGCUGGCAGCACGGCGGCAACAGGGCUCUGCAGGUAACCGAGGCCUCGAGCGCACUGGUCGUGUACGAAGACUGGGACGACGCCGGGUGCCAGGAAGUGUCGGAGGCGGCAUUACACCUGCCGAUCGGAGCGGAGGGGACCGACGCGCUGCUGCUGGCAGAUGAUGGCCGGACCGAUGUCGACGAUCAGGCGACCUACGAGGGCUUCAUGCAUGCCGAGAAGGCACGUGCGGCUGCAGAAGCUUCUCUGCACGCGGACACGAUGUGGCUAAACGGAGCGAACCGGCCACAGUUUACCUUGCAGAAAGAUGAGAGGAUUCCAGAGGUGCUUCGCAGGAGAGCAAACAUGGCGGCAGCACAAAACGGCGGCCUUGCUUCUGCCGGAAAAGACGGCGACGACAUCAUCUUGUACGAGGAAGAUGCGAACAGGCCGGCCAGUAUGUUCGAAAACGACAUGGUCUGGAUCAGGAAAGCCCUCCAGGGGUUGCUCCGGAACCUUGGCUUCCACAUCGGCACAACAAAAACAUGAAAAAUAAGAUCCUGUGUACGGUACAGAUCAUAUAUGUUUCUUACUGUAUUUGAGAACCAUUUUUCCUUUUCACGAUGCGUGCAACCCCGAAGGAAUGAGAUUGCCCGGAGCUGCAACGCAAACAGUCGCUGCACGCUGUUGCCGGUAGGAACUCCUCCAAUGGAAGCUGUUAAUAUUGUUAUCAGUGGUUUCGACUUCUUAUCUACUUAUUUCAAACAAGGAGCAGAUGCGAUUGCUAUUC